GGAGAGGUGGCUGAGUGGUUGAUAGCCCCGGUCUUGAAAACCGGUAUAGUUUUAAACAAAGAACUAUCGAGGGUUCGAAUCCCUCUCUCUCCU